UUUCUUCGUUCACUUCCUCUCAAGUUCACAACCCAACCUUCUCAACUUCGCAUCAAACGGCAGACAAGAAUUCAACAACCUGUUUGCCCACGAUGUAUAGGAACGACUAUCCACCGCCUCCUCCGCCGUCCUCAUCUGGUCUGCCUCCGCCUCCGCCUCCGCCAUCUUCCUAUGGCAAUGAGAGGUAUGACCGACCGCCGCAGCCCUCGUACCCACCGCCUGCGGAUGGAUCAUCGCGACCAUGGAACGAUCAUUACGCCCAACAAGACCGCCGAGAUGAAUAUCAAUUCCGAGGCCCUUAUUCUGAUUUGCGCCGAACCCGUACGGAGGAUCGCCGUCGAAAUGACGGAAAUUAUCGCGAGCGCGACCGUGACCGUGACCGUGACCGUGAUCGCGAUAAUUACCGUCCUCCUCAAAGCGACUUCACCUUUCAUGUAGAGGCUCCGCCUGGCAUCGAGCCCUACGACACAUACCGCCCGAGAGAUAGAGAACGGGAUCAACAUGGUUCAAGAGUGUAUGAUGGACACCGCCCCCGACAAUCGUCUCGUCAUACUUACAAUAACAGGAACAACAAUUACAGCGAUGAACGAAAUGCAUCCUAUCAAUCGCGUCGUGGUGAGAACGAUAGACAGUCAGGUCGUAAUGGCCGCCACCGUCGUAUGGAUGAUCACAGACGUCAGAAUAAUUCGUACCAUUCCCAGCAGGUUACUGGGCAUGGACGACGGGGCAACUACAAAGAAAAGCCGAGGCCAUCUGCGCGGCUCCUACUGGUAAAGAAGCAUGAUGAGAAUCCGGAACUCAUGCUGGGGGACACAGGAGGGCGAGCAACUUAUAGAGACGUUGAUGAACUUUCUAACAGUGAUGAUACCGGAAUGGAUAUAUCAGACAAUUCAGACACAGACGCCGUCGAACCUGCCAGCAAACGCGCCCGCACAUCUGCUACUGCAACUGCUGCAGAACAAGAGGCGCCGAGAUGGUCAAAUCCAGACCCGUACACUGCGCUCCCUCCGCCUGAUGAGAGUUCGCGUAAAAAGAAGGACAUGGUGCAGCUAAUCCGCAAGGCCAGGGUAGAGGCAGAAGCUAAGAAACCAGCUGCGCAGAUAGAGGGGUUGGACUUUAUCUCAUGUGAUAUCAAUGAUAACGACGAUAAGGUUCAUGAACUGCCCGGCAACGGUGACUCGGAGGUGCAAAUUCGACAAGAAUUAACCACCAAGGCAGACGCUAAAACUCCCACUGUACACAAUUUACACGGGUCAGUCACGACAACUGCCACCCUCCCACCUAAACAAUCCCAAUCAUCUAUUCUGCCACCUUCCACUUCUACCCAAACCCGAGCUGGAAUUUCAAAAACCCACCCACAUAAUUCCAUUUCCCACUCAAAUUCUCCCGGUAACAAAUCAAACCCUAUUGAUUUAACACCUUCUUCUGCUCUCGGAAAUCGAAAGCGCACCUCUGACGACAUCAUCAAAUCCUAUUCAUCUUCGCUCAAACCUCGUGCGUCACUCAAGUCAACAAAUCGGAUGGCUAAAGGCGGAGCUAUUGUGCCCUCAUGGCAACCCAAAGGAGAACCAUGCCCAUGGUUUCACCCGGAACAUGUCGAUGAGGAUUGCUCUCCUGGUACUCGGCUUCACCGGGAAGUCAUUGACUUUCACUUCUUUGUCGCUCCGCGUCAAUUCGAAUAUGAUGUCCGAACGGAACUAGUCGAUCGCCUCACAAAGGCAAUCCAGAAGAAAUGGCCCGAUGUCGAUCUUUUACCCUUUGGAUCGUACAUGUCGGGCAUGUACCUUCCAACAGCAGACAUGGACAUCGCUGUAUGUUCUGAAAGCUAUACCUCCAGGCGCAUCCCCAAGUAUUCCAAGAGGAACAAUCUCUAUCAACUGCAGAAUUAUAUUCGCCAAAUUGGACUCGCACAGGACGAUGCCGUAGAGGUCAUUGCUAAGGCCAGGGUUCCGCUGGUGAAGUUUACCGACAGCUUAACUUCUCUUAAGGUUGAUCUUUCCUUCGAGAAGACGGAUGGCCGCCGUGCGAUCGAGACAUUCGUAGAUUGGAAAGCGCGGUAUCCGAUUAUGCCAACCAUUGUGGCACUGGUCAAGCAGUUCUUACUGAUGCGAGGCCUCAACGAGCCCGUCAACGGCGGCAUUGGUGGGCUUUCGGUCAUGUGCAUGGUCGUUCACGUUCUGAAUCAGCUACCGCAGAUUCAAAGUAGGGACAUGUCCCCCCAAUGGCACCCCGGAGACAUACUCAUGGAAUUCUUUAAUUAUUAUGGCAAUCAUUUCCGCUACCAGGAGGUAGCCAUUUGUGUCAAUCCCCAUCGGCUCGUCUGCAAGACCAACGUGCCCGGAUUGUAUCAGAACUACGAUCGACUCUGUAUUCUGGAUCCCAAUAACAAGGACAAUGAUAUCGCCGGUGGUUCCUACAAUGCCGCAACGAUUCUAAAGUGCUUCCGGGAGGCUUUCCAGAUUCUUAGAAGCCGUAUGGUGGAAGUAGCGAACGGUGAGAACCCCAAGGACGAUCCUUUCGGUGACUCUGUCCUUGGUCCUCUCUAUGGUGGCGACUACAGUUCGUUCGUGGCUCAGCGCGAACGCCUAGAACGAUUAUCAAAGAUACCCAAGCCUAUGAGGGAGCCGUAUAACUACUGGUCGGAGUGGUAGGUUAAGGGCUCCUAGCCCACUUCCGUCAGUAGUUGGAUAUACUAGAGGAUCCAACUUGGUCAUUACACGAUAACGAAGCAUAGCAUGGCGUUUUGUGGAGGGCGGCUAGGAGAAGAUGUUUCCCUGGAUUCCCCGGAAAUUGUGGCAUGCAUAAGACAUUGUAAUGCCCAAUGAUAUUACCCUGAUUUCUUCCUUUUCCCCGUUUCCUUCUGUUACUCAUUUACUGUCAUGCAGAACGCGGCCUUAUGUACCAUAGCAGCCUGGAACCUUGAGUCGACACGCUUUACGUCGUUCGUCGAUUUCCAGCCCCGCGAUUUUAUCGCCCCCUUGCGCCACCUCCGCUAACCUUUAUGGUUUGGGACCAAGUCGCAAGGGAAAUAAUGCAGACGUUUCCUUUAUUAUUAUAUUUUCGCCUAAAAUUAUCUCCAGUGGAGAUUGUGGAUGUGACUGACUUGGUUAGCUGACCUACUGACGGGUCUCUAGGUUAAAAAGCUUCACCCUGCAC